CGACGCACUAAACACCGCCCGCCUCUCUCUGGCACCCCCAAACGCAGGCGGUGAUUGGGCAGUGCAAAUGUCUCAACUCCCCUCGUCCACCGAGCACCGGUUGAGCACAUUCUGUCACUUGCGCUAGCGUUAAAUGGAGGAACGUCCCUGCGAAGGGGCAACCGGAGUAUAUAUCAGUCAUGGAGCAGAGAACGGCCCUGAUCGAUCGAACAUAUCGGUAAACAAUGAUCAGAACCACAGUCAGUUCCAGAACGAGAAAACGCAGACGAAGAAAACAGAAAAUGGCAAAAUAAAUGGAACUCUGAAGGAGGGAGAGGUAACUCCCACUUCCUUUAACCCAGACAGCUCCCUGCACCCUGCGAACAGCAAUGGCGACAGACACCUGCUAGACACCAACUUGAAACAGAAGCCCACUCGACGGGCCUUCACCACUGACUCAACAGGGGACAGAAAAGGUAGAAACACUAGCAGAAACAGCAUGGACUUCAAAAAUGACAAGUCCUCAGAGUUGAACACACUUGAGGGCAAAAAAGAGGCUUUGGCUACUCUGAACGGUGUGGUGUCGCCCAACUCUGUACCACUUACCAACGGUUACCCUAGCAAACCCGGAGCUGACAAUGACGGCAGUGGCUCUGAGAGCGGAUACACUACUCCCAAAAAGCGCCGGGCCCAGAGGAAUGGCAAAGCUGGGGACAAUGUGACUGCUUCUGCCCAGGGAAAAGCCAUGCAGCAGGGCGGCAAACAAGACCACGGGCCUGUGGCGCCGGACUUGGCCUCUGGCUCGCAGAGCUCUCAGUGUUCAAAAGCCGAGUCGCAACUAAAAGCCAAGGAACCACCCGCCUCCGCCACCCCACCUCCUCUGCCGGGGGCCGAACUUCAGCGCAAAAACUCGGACAGCAAGGCGGCUGGCAAACGGUUCGAGGAUCGCUCCAGCAAGGUUAAGGUGGCUACCUCCGCCAAAGAGGACUCAUGGACCUUGUUCAAGCCUCCGCCUGUCUUUCCUGUGGACAAUAGUAGCGCUAAGAUUGUGCCUAAGAUCAGUUAUGCAAGCAAAGUGAAGGAGAACCUCAAUAAGACUGCCCAAGCUGGCGGGGAGGCUCUCACUCCCGCUCCCCAGGUGCCUGGGAGACCGCCACAGGUCCCCAUGUCUGCGGUGAAAACCAUCACCUCGGCUAGCUUUACCAACGGUCCCCUGCCGGGGGAAGGGAAUGGCUGUCCCCUGCCCGGCUCUCAUUUCAACGCCGGUCCUCUGCUGGCGACCCCAGCUGUUGCCGCUGAGAAUGUAGCAUCUCCCCCUGGUAGCGGCACUUCGGCCGUCGGAAGUUCCACGACCUCUGCGGCUGAGCCCAGGAAGCCCAGUCUGUUCGUUUACCCCGUCACCCCCUCCAAUAUGCAACUCUCGCUCCCUAGCGGCCGCCAAGCCGAUCCCCCUGCUGCUCCGACAAAUCAGAAGUCUCUGGGGGACAUUUUUCAGAACCAGUGGGGCUUGUCCUUUAUCAACGAGCCUAGCGCCGGACCAGAGGGUGUGGCGUGCCGCUCAAAUGGAAAGGAUGGGCCGGUGGAGGUGAGCUUUCAGGGAGGCUGUCCUGCUACAGUGGCCACUCAGACUUCCAGUACCUCUCAGAGACCGGAUCAACCACCCUUCCCCAAGGCUCAUGAGCCAGACAAACGGACUAACGCUCAGAACCUGAGUCGAGGGGCGAGCGGCGGUGCCACGGCGGCGAGCGGGGCCGUACCCGAGACCUCUGUCCUCAGCCUGGAUGCCCAGAGAGAUGAGACGGGGGUUCAUGGUGCAAUAGUGUUUUGUUCUUCCUCUAAGGACAUUUGUGCCGAGCUGCCUCCCACCUCCCCAGCUGCACCUAAGGUGGCUUUGGCCAAGGACCAGGGCCAUACUAAGGGCUUUGACAGGAGGUCUAGUUGGGGGUCGUUUGAUCUAAAAGCUGCUGUAAUUUAUCACACUAAAGAAAUGGAAUAUAUUUUGAAUUUGCAAAAACAAGAUCCAAAUCGAGUAGUCCUCUACAGUGAGUCAUGGGACGGACCUGCUCAGUGAAGCUGUGUCUGGACACUAUAUCUCAGAUGAACUCUGCUGCAAAAAGAUGUGCUUGAGGAACAUGGCUGCUGCCUCUAAACAUCCUGAAUCAGAACUAAUCCAAUCUUAAGAUGGUUUAGAAAGGACCUUGUUACCCGUCAGCAGUCAAGGCUGAGCGCAGAGGAACAGAGUGCGCUUGGGAAAAACGGGUUAGCUGGUUUUAGAAUAUUAGAAUGGAAGAACGGGAGCUGUGGAACUCUAGCGGAUAUGUUGCUGAAGACAAUUUCAAUGACUUUGAGGACACGUCAAACACUCAUGAUAACCCCGUCGUGACAUUCGGUUGGGCGGAAGCUUCUCCUUUAAGUACUCACGGACCUAAACGAGCGUCCUGGAGGAAAGCAUGUCACCAUGUGUCCCCCUUUUGAAUUCAAAUAAUCAUGUAGACUCGAAGUGGUCACAUUGAAUUCAUCUGGGCACAGGACCCGAAGAGUGGCGCUCUACAGUGAAUUAACAUACUGUGGCCAGAGGAACUACAUGGCUUUUUUUGUUUUGUUUUUUGGAGAUUCAGGGGAAUCGAACUCCAUUUAUGUGUGGGGGGCGGUUAGUUCAAGCCUUUGGGAUUAAAUAAUCGUCUUAAUUUAAUUUCUGGACAAGAUUGGGUCAGUCCUGUUAGUGACGCGUCUCCACUUCGUUUGUUUCUCUUUUUUUUUUCUUCCUUUUCAUUGAAAUACUUAAAAACUCCCAGGGCAGGUUAUGAGGUACACUCGGAUUGGGAAACCGCACGCCCUGUAGUGUGCAUGUGCAGUAUGCUGCUCUGUGCGUCCUCUUUUGGAAGAGUUCAAAGUGCUAUCGUUCAAUAGUCUUAUUGUCGUCUCUUCACGCUUCUGUCACCUGACAGCCGUUCGAGUCUCUUGCUCGUUAUGUGAGAGUGUGUAAACGGAGGGCAGAGAUCAUGCUAUACUCUUUUAUCUUGAGUGUUUUAUGUUUUUAAUUUUUUAAGUAGCAGUUAGAACCCAGAACUAAUCGAUAAGAUGUGCCACACCACACAGUUGCUUUAGCUUCAAUGCUAAUAGGUACAUUAGUUUAUUUUGGUUUAGUUCUGUAGAGGUGGGUUUUAAUUUUCGCCCAGAAAGGCAGUAGCGACUACUUUUGCUUCAUUUGGAACUACGCCACAAUUUAGAGGGCGAACGAUCUGGACUUUUUAUUUCACUCGAGACUAGAAGCCCCUAGUUUUUUUUUGUUUUUGUUUUUUUGAGCACCACAAUCACACUUUUAUGCUUUUAUUUCUUGUAUGUUUUGAUUUUUUUUUUUUUUUUUUUUUUUCUCUUCAUGCUUAUUGGUUAAGCGCUUGCUAAGCACAUAUGAGCCUCAACAAUAGAACCGCCGUUGACAGGAAUUCUGCCGUUGUGUAAAUGUUUCUCUUUCUAAUGUCAGAAAAUGCAUUCUAAACUUAAAGUCUAUCCUCUGUUUUAUCAUUUCACAGAUUAAUUGAUUUAUACAUAAGAAUCAGUAGCACUUUAUGUAUUAUGUUCUUGAAUUGUAUUUCCUUAAACAUUGACAUAUCAGUACAUAUUUGAAAUUCUAGUAAUUAAUCAUAGGCUACUAACUUUAACCUCUACCUAAGGACUGUCGGUCCGCAAUCUCAAAAAGAAAAUAAAUAUAUACAAAACAAAAUUAAAAAAAAAAAAAAAAAAAAAAGUGAAAAAGGAAAGAAAAUAAAAAAGACACUCAGGUAGAAUUAGGGCAGUGUUCUUCUAACAAAACAAAACAAACAAAAAAAAUGCACCAACAGUGUUAUUGCCAAAUAUGAAAAAAAACGUCCCAUGUUUGUACCAGCUGUUUUUUAAAUUGUGACCUUUUGAGGGAUUUAAUUUUUGACUGAAAGCCAAUGCUUGUGUCUUUAACAGUAUCAUUUGGCAUUGAUGUUUUCUGUACAUGACCAUGAAACACUGCCAGGUGAAAAGAUUUAAGUACACAUGGGAGACGUUAACCACACUACGUAUCUGUAUGUCUUUCCUUUGCAAGAGUUUCUUUUUUAUUUCAUGUUUUAAAUGCAGCAUGUAAUGGUUUCCAAUGUGGUCAGUCUCUGGAAAACGUGGGAUGUUUCAUGAUAGUCCUUAUUCUGUUUCUGUUAAGGUAUCCGAUGUCUAUUCGAUAUCUCGGUUCAAAAGAUACUGCGAAAGCUGUUGAUGAAACAGAUGUAAGGUUGUUAAAUUCUGCUUCAUCUUCUCUAAUUCCAUUCGGAUUCCACUUAAAAGCUUUGUGCAAUGUAGAGAAAUCCUGCGAUUGAUAAUUAGCUCGUUCCUUGGCUUUUUAGAUGCACAUCUCUUCAUUGCUUCACUUGAGUUUUAUUGUAGUUAUCUAAAUUUUGUCUUUAAACAACUCACAUAGAGCUUUUUCUUUUUUUUGUUUUGAUAUCCAAGGGAUUUGCUUAAGGAGUUACUGAUGUAGGCAUAAUUUAUAACCAUCUGUUAUUACAUUAAGUUAAUUAUGAAAUACCUCUGUGAACACGCAUUGUCCCGGUAUCCCUGUUUCCCUUUAAAGGGAUCGUUCACGUAAUAAUUAACAUUCUGUCAUCCUUUACUCAACCUCAUGUCAUUUCAAACCUCUAUUGUUCCUGUCCCAACAUAUAGUGAAUGUCCCGUUUGUUUCAGACCCCACUAUAUAGUCAAAAACGGUGUGGGUGAGUAAAUAAUGGCAGAAUUUAGAUUUUUACAUGAGCUGUUUCCUUAACUCAGUUACGUCUUUGUAAACGCUGUCAGCAGAAUGAACUGAACUUGGCCUUUGUUUCAAAUAAACUCAACUCCAGGGGUCAAAUGCACAUAUAGAGGUUCUAUGCACAGAAUGCAAACAGAACGGAGUUUAUAUUUUGGGGGGUUGCACAUUAGCUUAAUUUCCUCAAUUUAAAUAAGCACUUACUACCCCACAAAUGAUAUAAUUGCAAUAUAAAUUAUUUACAUAAAUCUUAAAUAGCUCCCCUUAGUGUUUAAAGCAAUGAGAGCACGUACGGAUGGGAGAGAGGUACAGAGAUACUUAAAUGGUGGUGUGUUUGAUUGAAAUCUGUACCUUAAAUGGAUCUUUGUUGGCAUAUUCAAAUUUCACGUGUUUUCUUGAUGUAUGAAUGAUCUUUGUCCUGUCCUGACAACUCAACUGGUUUUUUGCGUGUGGAUGCAUAUGUGUGUUCGUGUGCAAGCAUGUGUAUUUGUCUUCAUUCAUACGCUCAAUUAUAUGCAAAGUUAAUAUUGCGAACUUUUCAAGUUCAGGGUGCCUGUGUUAAGCGAUAUAUUAAACGGAAUCACAUCAGAACAUGAAAAACUCUUGCUUUUCCUUUUUCCCCCGUCCCUACACCCCCAUUAUCCCCCCAACGAUCUUCAGUUGUGCCAUGUUUUGACUGUUAAAAAGUUUGAAUUAAUAUUUCAUUUUAUGUUGCCCUCUCUGAAUUUCCUACAGUGGAUAUGAAGAGGGGGUUACAUUUUGUCUCAAGAAUCUUUGUCACUGCUAAUAAACUUGUUGAAAAAGA